GAGGUGCAUAUUUUUGAGAGCCUCAAAAAUAAUAUUUCACACAUUUCAGGCCUCAAAACGAGUGGUUUAUCUCCGUCGUUCGCCGGAGUUUACGGCGGUUUGUACGGUGGCAAUGGCUGCGUUUCCAUGAUCGGAAAACAUUCAUCACGAUCUCCUCUUCUACUCUAACCCUAACUUCUCAGAUUUCACCACGAUCUGCGUUUGAUUGUUCGAUCUGAAACGCAUUAUUCGACUAUUUCUGCAUCAAUUCGAUCGAUUUUUUAAGGGAAGGUGUUUGGAUUGGCAUGAUCAGUUAUAAAGAUGUCAUUCAAAGGACUUGUGCGCGAGCUGAGAGAGAUGCGGGAUGGGAUCGGGAGUAUGUCGAGGAGAGGGAUUGAAGGGAGACACUGGAGGAGUCGAACGAGGUCUCAUAUUGCGCCGGAUGUAGCUCCGGUGGAGCUGGUAGAUCAAGGUCAGUGGGCGAACUUGCCUCCGGAAUUGCUGUUGGAUAUAAUUCGUAGGAUCGAAGAGAGCGAGACUACGUGGCCUGCGAGAACUGUUGUUGUUUAUUGCGCGUCGGUUUGUAAGUCGUGGAGGGAUAUUACUAAGGAGAUUGUCAAGACUCCUGAAGAAUGUGGGAGGUUGACUUUUCCAAUCUCAUUGAAACAGCCGGGACCUCGAGAUGCUCUGAUUCAGUGUUACAUAAAAAGAGAUAGAGCAACUUCGAUACACCGAUUGUACUUCGGGUUGACCCCAUCCGAAGGUGAAAGUGAUAAACUGCUGCUGGCAGCAAAGAAAAUCAGAAAGGCGACAAGUACAGAAUUUGCGCUCUCGUUAGUUUCCGAUGAUUUUUCUCGAGCUAGCUCUACUUACGUUGGCAAAUUAAGGUCAAAUUUCCUCGGAACCAAGUUCACGAUAUACGACACCCAACCACCAACUGAUGCAGCGAUUCAACAUAAUCUUAACCGAUCAAGUCAAAGAUUUCAUAAGAAACAAGUAUCUCCUAGAGUACCGGCAUGUAGCUAUAGCAUAGCCACCAUCUCGUACGAACUCAACGUCUUACGCACGCGUGGUCCCAGACGAAUGAACUGUAUAAUGCAUUCUAUACCCGUUUCCUCAAUUCAAGAAGGGGGCACCGCCCCCACACCAAAAUCUUUCCCACACUCUUUUGAUGACAAACACUCGCCCUCGUCACCUUCUUUAAAAAGCAAAGAUUUGAAUGCCACCUCAUCUUCAUCGAGCCCCAUUUGUUUUGAUCCUCUGACGCUUAAAAACAAAGCGCCUAGGUGGCAUGAGCAAUUACAAUGCUGGUGUUUGAAUUUCAAAGGGCGUGUGACCGUAGCAUCGGUGAAGAACUUCCAGCUUGUCGCUUCUGUUGACCCGUCUCAUAAUGUGUCGGCUGCAGAGCAAGAUAAAGUGAUUUUGCAAUUUGGGAAAAUCGGUAAAGAUAUUUUCACUAUGGAUUAUCGGUACCCUCUUUCUGCAUUCCAAGCUUUUGCGAUCUGUCUCAGCAGCUUUGAUACAAAACCCGCGUGCGAAUGACAUCAUCAUCUUGAUGUGAGCCUGGUCGGGUUGUUUUUAUUUGGUUACUUGUUUCACACACACAGAGUCUUGAUAAUGCAUGUGUGGAAGAAUUGUCUAGCAUUGCUAUAUGUUAUAAGCUUGAUAAUGUUAGCAGCACAAUCGACUAGUUUCUUAUGUAGCUGUUCUAAUUUCGACAAAUAUGUUAUUUGCUAUAGCAACUCUUUUGCAGUGUGUUUCUUGGCA